GUAGAUUGUCGCUAUAACUUUCUGGAUAAAAUCAGGUCAAAAACUGAAGGAUGUCCACAUAGAGAUGGCAAAGCCUAGAGCGGCGGUGUCCUGGGUGUGAACCGCGGCCAAUCACGGCCUUCGAGUUUCAUAAAUGGAAGUCCAAAUCGGGCGUCGCUCUGUUCUAGGGGCGGAAAGCCCAAAUAACGGAAAGCACAAAGAGCUCAACGCUCUGUAGAGACCGUUACUGUUUCCUGUGCAGGUUCUCUUAUCACUUCCGGAGUCUGCCUCGGGCGCCUCCGCUCGCCUUGCUCCGUCGAAAUUAGGUGCCUUGCUGAAUCAUGUCUGCCCAGGAGGAUGAAGCAGGGAAGGAUGGGGCCUUUGGAGCUGAGCAUCUGGCAGCUGAAUCCAUGGCUGCAGACAUGGAUCCCUGGGUGGUUUUUGAUGCCCGGAAGACCCCACGGGCUGAAUUUGAGGAAUGGCUGCAAACCUAUCAGCCGUCCCGGGUCUCUCGCUUUGGCGAUCCAGAGUGCAACGCAGAACCUGUGGGGUGGAUUGCGGUCUAUGGGCCUAGUUUCUGUCCUGAAAGUGGGGAUGUGGUUGGGUUGCAGGAGGACUGGGAGCGACUACAGGCUAGCGGGCGCCACAUCACCUUUGAUACCAUCAAAGAGCUGGCCCUCAACCGGCGUGUGCUGACAGGGAAGUGGCUGAUGCAUUUGGACAGUGGCUUCAAGGUGGACCAUGCCUGGUGUGGUAUUGCCCAUGCUGUGCUUGAUGGACGCAUUGGCGUGGCAAAGGUCAGCCCCUUCUGCCCUGAAUCAGAGCGCAAGCAGGUCAUCUGCGUCUACACGGAUGACUUCACCAAUGAGGAGCAGGUGCUGAGUGCUGAUGCCAUCAUCCGUUCCACAGGUGUCAAGUGCUUAUUGUCCUAUAAGCCUGAUGUUUAUACCUACCUGGGCAUCUAUCGUGACAAUCGCUGGCACCUCUGCCCCACCAUCUAUGAGAGCAAGUUUGAUCUCGAAUGUAUCCCCCGCCGUUCCCGCAUCAUUAACAAAGUGAACAACAUGGAAGUUACUUAACUUGCUCCUUCAGUGUGCAGCACUUCCAGUGAGAUGGUGCUAUUACCAGGAACUACAAGUCCCAGCAUGCAGUGCAUACUUUAAAAAAAUAGAGACCAAGUUACUUCAAAGCAAUUGCUGGGAGACCUUUGCAAACCACAGGCCACCAACGAUGCAGCCUUUAUGGACAGAAUUUCCAUAUGCUCCACCCGUGCAUUUUGCUCAUGUUAGCCAGUGUGUCAAAGGAUCUCUCAUCGCAGUGCCACAGGAUGGUCACUUUGUUUCCUUAAAAUGAACUUGUAACCAGCAUGUGCUGCCCUCCUCUGUUUCUAAGAAUCUGCUAAUGUGCAUUUUUGCACUGUUGCCUGUGUGUAUCCUACCAUAAUGCCUCAGGGGCAGUGACUCCAGGCUCUUGUGCUUUCUUUGGUACUAAGCCUCUCACAGCUGCAGCCCUCCCCUAUGGUAGAUCAACAGAGAGCAGACAGAUUGCUGUUGGGGGUCAGAAAGGGAAGACAGAGUAAGUAAAAUGAACUUAGGACAAUGUAGCCAUAUGAAAGCUAUCAUCAUAGGGCCAUUCUUCUGGCAGAAUAGUCUUUGAGCCUGUCUCAAAGUACUGUGAAACUUGAUACUGUGUGCGCUCAGAUGAUAGGCUGGUUGAACAGAAGGUCUUUUCACUUUCUCUUGUGGGGGAUGGUGAUCAGUUUACAAAAUGACUGGAAAAUGACUUAUGGUUUUCCAGCUUUACUCUCUGUCUAGGGCAUCUUGCUCUAAUGGAAUGGGACUUAGCUUUCGGGGAGAAGCUAAAUGUAGACUUCUCCACACCCACCCUCCUGCAUGCACACAGCUAGCCUCUCCUACUCUUGGGGGAUGCUAAACAUGUAUGGAGACUCGCUGUUCAGUGAAACACUCCUUCUUUGGUCAAAGACGAGGUGGAUCCCUCACAUGUGUCCUGCUGAGGAUGUGGAAAAUAAAUUUGGUUCACUGAGGCAUUCACUUGUAAUGUGGGUUGAAAAUAAAGUUACUUUUUUCUCCUC